AUACAAAUACAAGUUAAACAAAUAAAUUUAAAUAAAAUGAGCUGGCAGGGUUAUGUUGAUGAACAAUUAGUUGGAACUGGAAAUAUUACAGCUGCAGUUAUCAUUGGCGCAGCCGACGGUAGUACAUGGGCCACAUCUAAAAACUGGACUUUAAAAGGUGGUGAAGGAGCUGGUAUUGUUGCUUUAUAUAAAAACCCAGCUGAUUCAUUCGCAAAAGGAAUUACUGCUGGCGGAGUAAAGUACAUGGCUAUUAAAGCUGAUGAUCGUUCAAUCUACGGUAAAAAAGGUGCCACCGGUAUUGUAGUGGUUAAGACCACCCAAUGUAUUAUCAUUGGUUACUAUGAUGAAACAAAACAACCAGGGAAUGCUGCUGUUGUUUGUGAAAAACUUGGUGACUAUCUUAUUGAAAAUGGAUACUAAACCACAAAUAUAACGUUUAAGAUAUAAUCUUCAUUAUAUCACUAUAAAUAACUAUUUUCAAAAUUAAUUUUAAAAUAUAAAAAUACAAAUACAAUAAAAAAUAAUAAAUAAAAAAAAAAAAAUUUAUAAAAAGGAAAAA